GACCAGGAAGUUGCGGUCUGUUUACCUUGUGUGUCAUCCAUUCAGUGUGACACCCAUCGACCCGUUUUAAAUGUGAUUAAACGAACAUUAAGGAGAUUAAUUCGCUCACCGAUCGACAUUAGUACCGAUCAUGUCCGGUCACAUCAUUUCAGCGUGGCAGUGAACGCAUCACCAUGUCGCGUUCAGGAUACAUGGAGGACAGCGCCACAGAGAAGGAUCGGCUCCUCUCUGCCGAUCAAGGUUACGGCUCCGGUGAUGUUCAGGUGAAGCCUCGUCCCACCGUCUUGGUGAAUCAGGACAUGGAGGAGAUGGAGGAGGAGGAGGCGCUGAGGAGGAAGCUGAAAUAUUUCUUCAUGAGCCCCUGUGACAAAUAUCACGCCAAGGGACGCAAACCAUUCAAACUGGGCCUGCAGCUGCUCAAAAUCAUCAUCGUGACCGUGCAGUUGGUGCUGUUCGGUCUGAGUAACCAGAUGGUGGUGACGUUCAAAGAGGAGAACACGGCUGCUUUCAAACAUCUUUUCCUCAAAGGUUUCCAGGACAACCUUCCUCAGGCCGUGCACACGCAGAAGGACAUCUACAGCCACAUCCACUUCGCCAUCGAGCAGUACCUGGCUCUCCCUCAGAUCUCUCUGGGUCAGUACGCCUAUGUUUUGGGCGCCGGUGCAAACGACAGCGCCCUCUCCCUCUGCCAGAGGUACUUCAGGAAGGGAACCAUCGACCCCGUCAAUGACACCUUCGACAUCGACCCCCACGUCAUGACCGAUUGUUUUGGAAUAAACCCGCUUAACGACAGCUCUGCUGCAGGAAUCCAUGACUACAAGAACUUCACCCUCAAGUUCUACAAGCUGAUCAAUGUGACGAUCGACUUCCAGCUGAAAGCGAUCAACAUCCAGACCAUCAUAAACAACGAGAUCCCCGACUGCUACACCUUCGCUAUCACGAUCCUCAUGGACAACAGAGCUCACAGCGGCAAAGUGAAGAUCAGUCUGAUGAACAAGGCGACCAUAAAGGAGUGUAGAGACCCCAACGUGAAAGGACACGCGGAGAAUUACGCCCGGGAGUUUUUUGACGUGCUGGUGGCGAUCGUGUGUCUGCUGUCCCUGCUGCUGUGCGGUCGCUCCAUCGUGAGAGGCGUCGUGCUGCAGAACGAGUACGUUCAGUUUUUCAAACACCGACUGGAGCGCGGUGUGAGCUGGGGGGAGCGCAUGGAGUUCAUCAACGGCUGGUACAUCCUGCUCAUCAUCAGCGACAUGUUCACCAUCAUCGGCAGCUUCAUCAAAAUCGGCAUCGAGUCCAAGAAUAUAUCAUCGUACGACAUCUGUGGCAUCCUGCUGGGGACCUCCACCCUGCUGGUGUGGGUGGGGGUCAUCCGCUACCUCAGCUUCUUCCAGAAAUACAACAUCCUCAUCGUGACCCUCAGAGCUGCUUUUCCCAACGUCAUCCGCUUCUCUCUCUGUGCAGCUGCUAUUUAUUUGGGAUAUUGCUUCUGUGGAUGGAUCGUGCUGGGACCGUAUCAUACAAAGUUCCGCUCCCUCUCCAUGGUGUCCGAGUGUCUGUUCUCUCUGAUCAACGGAGACGACAUGUUUGUGACGUUCUCCGAGAUGGAGCACAGCGGCACGAUGGUGUUUAUCUUCAGCCAGGUGUACCUCUACAGCUUCAGCUCCCUCUUCAUCUACAUGGUGCUGUCCCUCUUCAUCGCGCUCAUCACUGGAGCCUACGACACCAUCAUGGCGCAGUCACAGGAGCAGGUGUGUGUCAGCGACCUGCACACCUUCAUCGCAGAGUGUAAGGACACGCCCAGCUCGGGCAAGUUCCGUGGGCCCGAGGGUUCGUCGUGCUCCUUCUUCUUCUGCUGCUGUGACUGAUGAGGAAGAGGAGGGAGAGGAAGAGCAGGGAGAGGAGGAAGAGGAGGGAGAGGAAGAGGAGGAGGAGGAGGAGGAGGAGGAGGAGGAAGAGCAGGGAGAGGAGGAAGCGGAGGAGAAGGAGGAGGAGGAAGAAGAGCAGGGAGAGGAGGAGGAGGAGGAGGAAGAUGAGGAAGAGGAAGAGGAAGAGGAGGAAGAAGAAGAGGAGGGAGAAGAGGAAGAGGAGGAAGAAGAAGAGGAGGAAGAAGAAGAGGAGGAGGAGGAAGAGGAGGGAGAAGAGGAAGAGGAGGUGGAAGAAGAGGAAGAGGAGGUGGAAGAGGAGGAGGAGGUUGCACAAAGGGAGUGAGCUGUGUGUGUGUGUGUGUGUGUGUGUGUGUGUGUGUGUGUGUGUGUGUGUGUGUGUGUGUGUGUGUGUGUGUGUGUGUGUGUGUGUGUGUGUGUGUGUGUGUGUGUGUGUGUGUGUGUGUGUGUGUGUGUGUGUGUGUGUGUGUGUGUGUGUGUGUGUGUGUGUGUGUGUGUGUGUGUGUGUGUGGAGUUUUUGUUCCUCUUUUUUAAAACACUCUAUUUCCACUUCAGCGUCAGCCGGCUGCAAUUUAGUUCCUUUUUUCUCCAGAUCCCCCGCUGGGACGAUAAACGCCUCGAGACUGAACUGAACGACCUUGGGGCCGUGAUGUCCUCGUGUUGGAUUUUUAGAAUUUGAAAUUUUCUUUUCGCUGAAGCCGAAGGACGUCCUGAACAGUCAAAAGCCAAAAUGACCUGCACCUGCUUUCUGCACUGUGUGAAUAAUUGAUGAAACAUUAGUUUGUUUUUCAAAGCCGGCACACAUCCUGACUUCCUCUGAACGGACUCAAAGAGGAAGAGGAAGAGGGAUGCCUGUUUUCACUGUACAUGUUAUUGUCCACAUGGCUGCACAGGUGACAGGAAUUGUAAAUAUGUAAAUAUUCCAGCGUCCUCUGAAUCUUCAUAGCAAGAGGCAGAAGAGAGCGAUCAUUACCUGCUCUGCGUAUGCAUUAGCUUCUUUGAUGUUUUCAGUCAUCCUCCUCCCUCUUUGUUCUCGUCCUCUGAGGAAGAUGACGGCUUCUCGAGGAAGCCCCGCAGCCGAGCAGCCAGUCAUCAAUAUGUAUGAACUGUUUCUGCUUCUGGAAGGAGCCAGGUGAGCGUGCAGAAUGAUGCAUCUCCAAUCGGAGCCUUUCUGCUGUUUAGGGCUGCAGUAUAAAAAAAAGAAACAAAAGGAUUCUAACAAUGUAAGAGCUGCUUAUUGUGCUGGACUUUACAAAGGCAGACAGAAACUACAAGAAUAGAUUUUUAAAAAAGGGUUUGAAGGCUCCAGACAGAAGAAAAACUGAAUUAUUAUUAUAGUUAGUCGUUGCUAAAACCCUAACAUUAAAGCUAAGAACACAGAUUGAGCAUGCACUAAACGGUACAGAGGAAACAGGUUUCCUCUUCAUUAACAGUAUAAACCCAUAUAUUAUUUUAUAAAUACAUUUUUAGGGGGAUAAAUAAUUACUCGCAGCUUAAAGUGAGAAUGUGCGACUUUUUGAUCCUUUUUUGGGGAUUUUGGUUUUCUCUUCUUUGCUGCUACAUUCCCAUCCGACACAUUCCCUGGAUCUGAAAGUUGUUGAAUUGUGUCCACUCCUAAACUCACCUGCUGCGCUGUCAUUGGCUGGAGGAAACGCACUCCCAGCUCCCCGCCCACAAACGUCGACCAAGAGUCAACCAAAACCAACCAGAACAGUAAAAUCCAUUGAGAGGACAGAGCGGCAUUACUUUUGUAAAAGUCUAUAUUUCUUUUUCUUUUUUUUAAAGCUGCUGACUCUAUCUGUAAAUAUUUGGUAGCUACAAGCCCUUAAGGUUGAACGUGGCUGUCGAUAAGAUGACUCAAAGUGGUGAUGUCAUCGUUAAGUUAAGCCUCUCGCUGUCUCUCUUUAAAUCCAGAGGGCUGCAUGGAGCCGUUUGAAGGUCACUGUUCAAUCCAGGAGACAUGUUCUCUCUGAAAUGUGCUUCAGGGCUAAAGGGAACAAACUGGAGGACCAGUGCCAUUUGCACCAACGUUAACUGGCUAGUGUUGCUAAAUAUCUGCGGCCUGAUUGUUCAAAAGUUAUCCAACAGGAAGAUUGGGACGUCGAGUGUGUAACCGGCCUUGCAGGAAAAACAUGGAUCACCAAAUGUGGAUCAUUUCUAACCAGAUAAAACCUUUUGAACACUCAGGCUCAGGAGUCUAAGAAGAGAUUUUCUCAUCCUGAGAGGAAGUGUGGUUAAAUGAGUUGCUUUGCUAGCCGUCUCCACAGUCUGGUUUUCACUUCUGCUCUGGAGUACUUUGGGAGUUAUUUAUGCUGAUUUGUUUCCCUCACAAUACAUACGCAGCUCUUUGGUAUAAUCAUCUCUAAAAAUGUCUAUAAUCUCAGUUAAGAUGCCAAAAGGUCAGAAUAUGUUGUUCAUGUGUUUUUGGCUUGGUAGGGUAGAGUGCAGCUUUGUCUGUAUUUAAUCAAAGGUGUCAGACUCGCACACUGACACCGCAUGUUGAAGGGAAAUCACCCAGGUUUAGAAUCUGGGAUUAAUUUAGUGUGUCUCUAUAAACCAGCAGUUCUUCUUUUUAACCGGUUUUUAAAGAAGAAACAUUUUAGAAGUGAUUAUUGAGCGUUAAUAAAGUGAUAACAUCCUGUCAGCGGGGCGUGGACUCAUGAGCGUCACUGAGACGUUCUCUGCACAAAAUGUGUCUCAGGGCUCUAAAGGGAACAUUUUUUAUCUUUUUAUUUUGCUUAUACUCAUUGAUAUUGUUUACAAUCGUAACAACCAGGUGGUAUUUUAAUGAAUGUUUAUUUAUACUUGUUUGCACUCACUGAAGCCUGAUGCACGGCCUCACUUGAUUUGAAAAAAGGUCACCAGGGGGAGCCGUCGAGCACAAAAACAAAAGCACUGUACUGUAAAUUGUAAAAACAUGUGGAUGUUCUCCGGACACUUAAGGGAAGGUUCUUUAGCACCUCUGUGAUUGAAUUACUAACACUGAUGUUGCUCACUACGUUUGUUUUUCUCAUGUUUUGUAUGCUGUUUUAUUUUUUACCUCAUUGUAGACGACGUGUUAAGAAAUGUCUCGACCGGGUUUUGUUUGCCUUCUGUACGAAACAACACAACAGCAAAAUAAACCGAGGAGAUGGAAA